UUGAUUGAAGAAAAAGAAAAAAGCUUCUGCUCCACUCCGAAAUGGAGGCGUGGAUACGACGCAUGCGCACUCCGUCCACAACUAUCCAGUCCCGUCCAGAAGCGCAGACAUCAACAAGAGAGCGGUUUACUGAUGCGGCUUGAUUUUCAUAACAGUCACGUCGUAACGACACGCCGCAAGGACUAUUACUUUGUAUCACCUCCACGCAACUUGCAGCAAGAUGUUUGGCUUUCACAAGCCGAAGAUGUACAGGAGUUUGGACGGCUGCUGCAUCUGCCGCGCAAAGUCGUCAAGCUCUCGCUUCACGGACAGCAAGCGCUACGAGAAGGAUUUCAGGAGCUGCUUUGGACUGAGUGAAACGCGAUCUGGGGAAAUCUGUAACGCCUGCGUGCUCCUCGUGAAACGAUGGAAAAAGCUUCCUGUGGGAACCAAGAAAAACUGGAACCACGUCGUCGAUGCCAGAGGAGGUCCCAGCCUAAAGAUAACUUCGAGGCCCAAGAAGAUAAAAUCCAUCUCCAAGAAAGCGAGGCCGAGUCAGAUAAGCAGGCUGCAGAAAGAGCUCAAAAGAAGCAACUCCGAUGCUCACAGCACCACCUCCAGUGCUUCUCCAGCUCAGUCUCCCAGCUACAGCAACCUGUCAGACGAGGGGUCCGACACGGAGAUCAGCCCCGGGUCCAGCCGCUCCCCCGUCUUCUCCUUUCUGGACCUGACUUACUGGAAAAGGCAAAAGGUGUGCUGUGGGAUAAUCUACAAGGGGCGCUUCGGAGAAGUGCUCAUCGACCCCCAUUUGUUCAAACCGUGCUGCCGCAACAAGCAGCGACAGCAGCAGCAGCAGCAGCAACAACGGCAGGAGGAGGAGGAGGAGGAUGAGGAGGAGGAGGACGAGGAGGAAGAGGUGGAGGUGGAGGAGGCCCAAGUGGAUGCUGAAAAAUCCCAGAUGGAGGAGGAGGCGAAGGAGUUACCGAGGUGUGAGGAGAACGGCGAGCCUCCUCAGCAGCUACGUGUUACCGUGACAACGUCUCCAGCCAGGAGCGAGGAGGCGGCGGCGGCGGCGGCGAUGGUGGUGGUGAAGGAAGGGUGGUAAAGUCACACAUCUCUGAAGAAAUCUUGGGGUGCUGUUAUGUUUUUUUUUUAUUUUAUUUUAUUUCUAGAGCACUUACAGAAAGAAAUUCCCUCAGAUUGCCUUCAAUCAUAAAGCAGCUGAAAAUCCUUCGGUCUUCUCCAUUAUAACGUUGGAGGGUUGUUUAUUAUGUUGUAACUUAUGAACUGUUGUGUUUCCACUCUCUCUUUUUUUUUUGUUGUUUUUUUGAUAUUUAAUAUUCUUACCAUCGCUCCGAUGGGCCGUCAUCUGUGUUGUCAUUGAUCUACUUUAGAUGCUGGAGCUCUAGUUUGCUGGUACAUUUAACGGACUUUAUUCCAAAACAGAUCCACUUAUUUACAGAAAAAAAGGUGCUACUUGACAUUCAUCACUCAACAAAUCAAACACAAUCUCAGUGUGGAUAUUUCAGAAGCAUAUAUGUGAAUAUGAUUAAGAUGAUGGGGCUCAUUCUGCUGUCUUUGUAAAGAGUAGGGAUCUCUUUUUGUUUAAAUGGUGGCUAUGCCGUUUUGGAAUCAAAGACACUUUACUGUGGCCGAGCACAUACCUGUACAGUAGCCCGUGUGUUUUCUCUGUCUGCUCACGACGACACCCACUCCUAUCAAACUGUUUUUUUUUUUUCUUUAGACCGGAUAAGCGUCUCUGUGUUCAAAUGAUGGUCCGAUUUUAAACAAGGCCUAUUCACAGCUUCAACAGCAAAUACACCAGCCUUAACUAUGUGUUACAGACAGUGCUAGUGUUAAUUCUGGAUUGGUAUUAAGGAACAAAAAGGGACGGUAGCUAUAUUUAUUGUGGCCUCAGCAACACGUAGUGCAUUUUGCAUGAAUGGCAAAAAAAAACCCACUCAUCCAAAAGACCUGGUGAUCUGAUGCAUGAGUCUCCUAAAAUUGCAUGGCCUUAUAGAAAACUGUAAAUUUUACUUUUAUUUUUUUGGAUCCGUUUCUCUGAAGUUUUAGCUUAUUUUUAUAUGUAAACAAGAAAAACCGAAAAAGGAAAAACAGACGUGUCUUUGCAUAAUAAUACCACACAAUACAACAGCAAAACUCCAUAUCGGUCUAUAGUCAUUCAGCAAUAUCAAUAUCAGUGAUUUCUGUCAUUCCUGGGUCAGUGUACGGUAAAAAUACUUUAUACAAGCUGAAAUCCUAUGCCAUUGCCUAUUAUAUACCACAAAUGUGUUGUGAUAUAUAGCCUAAUAUUAUUAUUUAUCAAAUGAGAAGCCAAAGCACAUUGAAAUUCACCCAAUGUCAAAUCAAUGCAGGUUUUCUAUGGACACUUGUGCUUGUCCGAGGUCAUUUGUAUGUAUGUAUCGUAUUCUAAGAAGAACACUAAUAUGAAAUUUCAUACUUGUGAUGUUGUAGUUAGGAGCAGAGGGUGUGCUAUGUACAUAUUGGGUUGGGCGAGUCUUACGGCUCUUAUAUCGGUUUUCGUUAUUUAUUUAUUUUAUAUUUAUUUGUAUCCCUGCAUCCCUGCUUAGACGUGCUGUAACUCUUUUUCACCAUUAGCUCACACGUAGAAUGGUUUUAUUCAUUGGAAAAACGAAUGUAAUUCUCACGCAAGCUCCGCUUUGACGUUGCGUCGAAUUACUGGUUGUCAAUAUUUGUGAAUUGUUGUUAAGUAUUUAUUUACUCAUCGGCUGAGUUGCGCGUGCAACCUAACUUAUUCUGUAUCAUCACUCUGGAUCUGUAUCAUGUAGACUGAAACGACUGAUAGAUUGCAACCAAACUGUACGUCUCCCUUUUUACCUUGUAGCUUAAAAGAGAAUAGUAGAGAACAGAAUAGUAGGAUACUUAACUCUAGACUUGCAUGAACUGUUGCUAUGCAUUUACCUAGCUUACAAGUUAGACAAAGCGGUUUUGUAUUUUUUAUACAUCAUGUACUUUUUUUACUUGUCCCUUAAUAAAAGUAAUUUUGUGAGUUUUCUGGAA